AGCGAGGCCCAUUUAACAACUUGCAGACGACGAUGGAAUGGAAUUUCCUUUUCUCCAAGUAAAGAGUAUAAACCAUAAACCCAAAAGUUAAACCCUCACUGGUUUCACUUUCUCACAUUUGCGUUUCCUCGUCAGACAAAUAAGCAAUGGCGAACCAAGCGGCUGUGUCAUUCCUCACAAACAUCGCACGGGGCGCAAUCGGUCUCGGUGUCGGCGCCAGUGUGGUCAACUCGUCUCUGUACACUGUCGACGGCGGCCAACGCGCCGUCCUUUUCGACCGGUUCCGGGGAGUGAUCGACGAAACAGUGGGAGAAGGGACCCACUUUCUAAUACCAUGGCUUCAGAAGCCCUUCAUCUUCGACAUCCGAACCAGGCCACAUACCUUCUCAUCCAUCUCUGGAACCAAGGACCUCCAGAUGGUUAACCUCACCCUGAGGGUACUCUCUCGUCCGGAGGUCUCUCGCCUCCCCGAUAUCUUCAAAACCCUUGGUCUCGAAUACGACGAGAAGGUACUUCCUUCAAUCGGCAACGAGGUGUUGAAGGCGGUGGUCGCUCAGUUCAACGCCGACCAGCUCCUCACAGAGCGUCCACAUGUGUCGGCGUUGGUCCGUGAGAGUUUGAUCAAGCGAGCGAAGGAUUUCAACAUUGUGCUCGACGAUGUGGCCAUUACCCAUUUGUCGUACGGAGCUGAGUUCUCUAGGGCUGUGGAGCAAAAGCAGGUGGCUCAGCAAGAGGCCGAGAGGUCGAAGUUCGUGGUGGCGAAGGCUGAGCAGGAAAGGAGGGCUGCGAUUAUCAGGGCACAGGGUGAGAGUGAAUCUGCGAAGCUGAUUUCGGAUGCCACAGCUGCCGCUGGAAUGGGUUUGAUCGAGCUCAGGAGGAUCGAGGCGGCCAGGGAAGUGGCUGCAACUCUGGCCAAGAGUCCAAAUGUGGCAUACCUUCCUGGAGGGAACAACCUGCUCUUGGGUCUUAACACCUCACGUUGAGUUGAAUUGGUACUCUACAAAUAUGUUGCCUUUUUUCUGAGCUUGGGAAGACGUAUAAUGCAAUUAAUUAUUUCUGAAAUUUUGGCUUCGUAAUAUGUUGCUUUUUAGAACUUGAAGAUAUAUAUAAUGUGGUUAAUCAUUCCUGUGAUUUGUCUUCGUUGUAGAAUCCCCAUUUAAGCUUUUUUGAUAUGAACUCUUGGUUGGAAAAACAGAAUUAUUUUUGCAUUUUA